AGGAUGAAUAUCCUCUUAUCAGUGUUUCGCUAAUGUCUGCGAAAAAAGCAACAAGCUGAUCCAGUCUCGAUUUGAAGCUCCGACCGUGAUAAACCCAUCCAAUAGCUUCAGUCGCGUGGUGGAGCCCAUUACCAUCGCGCGUGGAGCAUUAACAACGAAUUCACGAUUGUUUCAGCCUAGAAGAUAAAGACUACCGCCGCCGUUUCCACCACCAUCGUUGAACAGACCAGCCGUUCAUGCAAUGUGUCAUUGAAUUUUGAAUCACUAUUGACAGUGUCGUUGGAGUGUGCAACGUGCUUCACGCUCUUAUUUUUCGUUCCGUUCUCAACAUACGGAAAAAAUGGCAUGCGAGGAGAAGACGGUCGAGAAAAUCGAGCUGAAGAGAGAGCUGGGGCUCUUCAGCGCGGUCAGCAUCAUUCUGGCGGUAAUGAUAGGUUCCGGCAUUUUCGUAUCACCAACCAGCGCUUUUGAGCGAUCAGGAUCUGUAGGAUUUUGCUUAAUCGUUUGGAUCAGCUGUGGCGUGCUGUCUCUAUUAGGUGCAUUGGCCUUCGCCGAAUUGAGUACCGUGGUACCACGUUCUGGUGCCGAAUAUGCAUAUUUCAUAGAAGCCUUCAAGCCUUUGCAUCCAUAUGCCGGUCAGGUGCCAGCGUUCAUCUGUUCUUGGAUCUCUGUGAUACUGUUACGACCGGCAGAAGUAGCAGUAAUUACAUUGACUUUCGCGGAGUAUAGCGUGCAGCCAUUUUCCGGAUAUCUUUGUAAUCUAUCCAGCGACUCUAUGACAACGCUGAAGAAACUUAUAGCGAUUAUGGCAUUGAGUUUGAUAACAUAUAUUAAUCUCAUCAGCGUCAAACUCUACGUAAAAGUGCAGAAUGUGUUCACUGUGUGCAAAGUAGUUGCAUGUAUGGUAGUAAUUAUCGGUGGAAUAUGGUGGCUGAGCACAGGUCACGUAGAACUUCUCAGUAAUCCUUUUCAUGGUACUACUACGUCAGCUGGCAAUAUUGCUCUGGCCUUUUACAGCGGUCUCUGGGCAUAUGACGGAUGGACUGCGACCGCGAUGAUUACUGAAGAAAUCCAGAAACCCGAAGUCAAUAUUUUUCGGAGCACGCUCAUCGCGGUCCCCGUCAUCACCAUUCUAUAUGUAUCCAUGAACUUGAUGUAUAUGGCAGCGUUGACAAUGUCAGAGAUGAAGAGCGCACCAGCGGUGGCAGUAGUUUGGGCUGACCGGGUUCUGCCGUCUUGGAUGAGUUUCGCAAUACCACUCGGUGUAGCGUUAUCAACUUUUGGAUGCGCUCUUAGUAUUCAAUUCAGCGUGGCCAGAUUGUGCUUCGUUGCCGCCAGCGAGGGCCAUGUACCACGAGUCUUCAGUUACGUACACAUCGAGAAGAUGACACCGGCUCCAGCAGUGAUUUUGCAAAGUAUUCUCUCACUAGCAUGCCUGCUGUUAGGCGAUAUAAUCGCCUUGAUCGAGUUCGCUAGUUUUCUUAUGUGGCUAUUCUAUGGAUUAGCGAUGAUAUCGCUUAUAAUUAUGCGACGGACCAAAGCAAACGCUCCUAGACCAUACACUGUACCUAUUGUGAUACCUUGGCUGAUAUUAGUGGUUUCAAUCUUUCUUACAGUGCUUCCGAUAGCUUACGAACCAUCGAUAAAAUAUUUAUUCGUACUUAUAUUCGUCUUGUGCGGUCUUGUCGUAUACCAUGUAUUCGUGUACAAGAAAAUAGGAAAUACCUUAUCAGGUGAGUAUAAUAGGAUAAAAAAAUAUAUAGGAACCUCUUACAUAAGAGAUUUAUAUAUCAUUGACACCAAACAUAGUUUGCUUCAUUUAUCAUGAAAUAAAAUUUGUUUUUGUCUUUUUUCAGCCAAGCUAACAUAUGUCAUGCAAAUGUUAUGUCUAGUCGUUGCUCCAGAUAAAAAGGAAGACUGACCAAAU